AUGGCCCAGCCAGCUGCGGCGGCAGCGGAGGCGAGGGGCGGCGCUUGCCGGGCGACGGAGACGCCCCCGUCCCCGCCCCUGGCUGCUCCCCGGCCGAGCCUAGGAGGGAAGGCGAGGGAGAGGCCUGGCCCGGUCUGGCCCGCCGGAGACCCGCGGCUGAGAGCGAAGCGGGGACCAAUGGAUGACUGGGAGAGCAGCGGCGAUACGUUUAUCCAGAGGUUGGAUUUCUCCAGCUGUGGAGAAGACGAUGAGUUGGAAGAAGGCAAUAGCAUGCGAGAGGAAGAGCUGAGAAAUGUAACCCCUCAGAAGGACUGGGGCUCUCAGAGCUGGAGAACGAACUGUCCUGUCCCAGUUACCCCUCAGAGACCGCUCAAUGAUUUCUCCCUGGCUCGCCCGAAGCCCUGGUUGAGUCCCUUAAGGAAAUGCAAGAGAUCUCUGAGAAAGAACGCUGUUGUUUCAGAAGACUGUCCUGGAACUCCGUUGCACUAUGUCACUUGGCAAAAGCUGCAGCUCUGUGAUACACCACAUACCCCAAAGAGUCUCUUAACCAAGACGGCUUUCCCUUCACCGGUGGGGAAGUUCCCCGCCAAAGGGAUGAGAAACUUGUGGUUAACUUCUUGUGCUGAGCGAGAGGAACCUGUCCCAGCCUCAUUGGUUAACAUCAACCCGUUUACACCAGAAUCAUAUCGGCAGAUGGUCUUCCAUCCCAACAGCAAGAGGAAAGCCAGAGGGGAGCUGGAGGAUCCCGGCCAAAGAGGGAGCCGAGUGGAGCAGGGGGUGCCAGUCAAGAGGUUUCUCUUGCGUGACAACAACAUGGUGUCCCGCUACAAGAAGGAGUUCCUGGAGCUGGAAAAAAUUGGUGUGGGGGAGUUUGGCUCUGUAUACAAGUGCAUCAAAAGGUUGGACGGAUGCGUCUACGCUAUCAAGCGCUCGAAGAGACCUCUUGCUGGAUCCUCGGAUGAGCAAAUGGCUUUGCGGGAAGUCUAUGCCCAUGCAGUGCUUGGUCAUCACCCCCACGUGGUACGCUACUAUUCUGCUUGGGCAGAAGAUGAUCACAUGAUCAUUCAGAAUGAACACUGCAAUGGGGGGGGCUCUGGGGAUGUGCUUUUGGAAAAGGCAAAGACUGCAGAUUAUCUGAAGGAACCGGAGCUGAAGGAGAUCCUGCUGCAGGUGUCCAUGGGGCUGAAAUUUAUUCACGCCUCCGGCCUGGUGCACUUGGACAUCAAACCCAGCAAUAUUUUUAUCUGCCACAAACUGGUUGGACCUGCUGGUGAAGAAGAGAGUGACAGUGAAGAGGACGGAUUUGCCUCUUCUAACGUGGUGUAUAAAAUUGGGGACCUAGGACAUGUGACAUCGGUAACCAGUCCUCAAGUGGAAGAGGGGGAUAGCCGCUUCUUGGCCAAUGAAGUCUUGCAAGAGCAAUACUGCCAUCUGACUAAGGCAGACAUCUUUGCCCUUGCGUUGACAAUUGCACGAGCAGCAGGCUGUGGCCCACUGCCCCGCAACGAUACCCCGUGGCACCACAUCCGGAAAGGCAACCUGCCACUCAUCCCGCAACAGCUUUCACGUGGCUUUACUGACCUGCUGAAGCUUAUGAUUCAUCCUGAUCCAGUCACCAGGCCCUCAGCUACUGCGUUAACCAAACACCCUGUCCUGCGACCUUCUCUUGGCAAAGCUGCCCAACUUCAGAAGCAGCUAAAUGUGGAGAAAUCCAAAACAGCCAUGCUAGAAAGGGAGCUGAGAGCCAUCCGCCUGGCGCAAACCUUCAGAAAGGACCCGUCUUUGGAAUGUGACAAGGCUGGAGCUUCUGGGGCCAAUUCAAAGCAACAGAGCGGCAAGAAACGACUGGUGGGAGGGAAGAGUGCCCGGUCAUUCAGCUAUACUUGCGGCGGCUACUGA